AAUGCAGCUUUUAAGUUGCAUUUGCUCACAAUGAGAUUGAUCAGUUGAUGAAUAAAAAAAAACUCGCCCAUAUGUGCCGGCCUCUGAUAUUUCUGAACGCAGUCUGGGUGUAGCGAGGUCAUUUCUACCAUGUGACUCGCGCUCGCGCACCUCGUGACUGAUCGAUCGAUCGCGUUUCACUGGUUCCUCGUCUGCCGCCGCGAGUACCACAGGCACUGUAUUAUCGCACUUUCCAAGAGAUAAGGGCGAAUGAAGUAACACUUCGAAUCACGGCCGAUGAUCCUGAAGUAAAAUCCAUCUUAUUGUCCUCGCGGCACGUUACUUGCAACCACCAAGAUGGGCUCGCUCUUUCGCAGCGAGGAAAUGACUUUGUGUCAGCUGUUCCUCCAGAGCGAGGCCGCAUACGCCUGUGUCUCCGAGCUCGGUGAACUCGGCCUGGUGCAGUUUCGCGACUUAAAUCCUGACGUCAAUGCCUUCCAACGGAAGUUUGUCAACGAGGUACGCCGUUGUGACGAGAUGGAGCGCAAGUUGCGCUACCUGGAGAAAGAGAUCAAGAAGGAUGGUAUUCCGAUGUUGGAUACCGGUGAAAAUCCGGAGGCACCGCAGCCCCGCGAGAUGAUCGACUUGGAGGCCACCUUUGAGAAACUAGAGAACGAACUGCGCGAGGUGAAUCAGAACGCCGAGGCGCUCAAGCGCAACUUCUUGGAGUUGACCGAGCUUAAGCACAUCCUGCGAAAGACUCAGGUCUUCUUCGAUGAGGCUGAGCAUGGAGGUGUCGUGUCGCAGAUGGCAGACCCCAGCCGUGAAGAAGAGCAAGUCACUCUGUUGGGUGAGGAGGGCCUCCGCGCCGGCGGCCAGGCUCUCAAGCUCGGCUUUGUCGCGGGAGUCAUCCUGAGAGAACGCAUCCCCGCAUUCGAGCGCAUGCUGUGGCGUGCGUGCCGUGGAAACGUCUUUCUGCGCCAAGCCGAAAUUGAGACCCCUCUAGAAGAUCCUUCAACAGGGGACCAGGUAUACAAGUCGGUCUUCAUCAUUUUCUUCCAAGGCGAUCAGCUGAAGACUCGUGUGAAAAAGAUCUGCGAAGGUUUUAGGGCGACCUUGUAUCCAUGUCCGGAAGCGCCAGCUGACCGCAGGGAAAUGGCUAUGGGCGUUAUGACUCGUAUCGAGGAUUUGAACACUGUCUUAGGACAGACGCAAGACCAUCGUCAUCGCGUCCUUGUGGCUGCCGCGAAGAACAUCAAGAACUGGUUUAUCAAGGUCCGCAAGAUUAAAGCGAUCUAUCAUACCCUGAAUCUUUUUAAUUUAGAUGUCACUCAAAAGUGCCUGAUUGCCGAAUGUUGGGUGCCUGUUCUGGAUAUCGAAACCAUUCAACUGGCAUUAAGACGCGGAACGGAGCGCAGCGGGAGUUCCGUUCCUCCCAUUCUGAAUCGUAUGGAAACUUUUGAGGACCCGCCGACGUACAAUCGAACGAACAAGUUUACGAAAGGGUUUCAGGUGUUGAUCGAUGCCUACGGAGUGGCGUCUUACCGUGAGAUGAACCCUGCGCCGUAUACCAUUAUCACAUUUCCGUUUCUGUUCGCGAUAAUGUUCGGUGACACUGGCCACGGCCUCAUUAUGUUCCUAUUCGGCGGUUGGAUGGUAUUGAAGGAAAAGCCACUGGCAGCUAAGAAAAGCGACAAUGAGAUCUGGAAUAUUUUCUUCGGUGGUCGUUAUAUCAUCUUUCUCAUGGGCCUGUUCUCUAUGUACACCGGUUUAAUUUACAAUGAUAUAUUCUCCAAGUCGCUCAACAUCUUUGGCUCUAACUGGGUAGUGAACUAUAAUAGAAGUACUAUCCAGCACAACCGAGAAUUGCAACUGGAUCCAAAUUCGACGGCUUACGUUGACUAUCCGUAUCCAUUUGGCAUGGACCCGGUAUGGCAACUGUCGGAGAAUAAGAUCAUCUUUCAAAACUCGUAUAAGAUGAAAAUCUCCAUCAUCUUCGGUGUAUUGCACAUGCUGUUCGGCGUAAUGGUGGGAUUAUGGAAUCACAUGUACUUCAAGAGGCGUACGAAUAUUACCUGCGAGUUUGUGCCGCAGAUAAUCUUUCUCCUGGCGCUGUUUUUCUACAUGGUGUUACUUAUGUUCAUUAAAUGGAUCAAAUACGGUCCGAAAAAUGAUCCGAUCAUUGGUCCCGGCUGCGCGCCCUCAGUCCUCAUCACUUUCAUCAAUAUGGUCCUCUUCAAAUCUUCCUCCGACAAGAUUGGCAUUUGCGAUCCUUUCAUGUAUGGCGGUCAAAACGGUUUGCAGAAGUUCCUGGUAGUUGUGGCUCUGCUCUGCGUGCCGUGGAUGUUGAUGGGAAAACCGGUCUUGAUGAUGCGCAACCGUAGGAAGCAGCACUAUCAGCUCAACAAUCAUGGUGCCGAGAACGGUGACGUGGAAGCUAGCAUGGGGGCUCUCCAGCAGGGCGGAGUUACACAGAGUGGCGGCGGCGGCGGUGGUGCUGGGGGCGGCGGUGGUGCUGGCGGCCACAAGGAAGAGGAGGAGGAUAUGACGGAAGUGUUUAUCCAUCAAGGCAUCCACACCAUCGAGUACGUUCUCGGCAGCGUGUCGCACACCGCGUCCUACUUGCGUCUUUGGGCCUUAUCUCUGGCCCAUGCCCAGUUGUCUGAAGUAUUGUGGACUAUGGUGAUGAGAAAUGGUUUGGCGAGGGAAGGCUGGGACGGUGGCAUCUUUCUCUACAUCAUCUUCGCCUUCUGGGCGGUGCUCACCGUAGGCAUCCUCGUACUCAUGGAGGGCCUUUCGGCAUUUUUGCACACGCUUCGUUUACAUUGGGUGGAGUUCCAGAGUAAAUUCUACUCUGGUUUAGGUUACAGCUUCCAGCCGUUUUCCUUUGAGAUUAUCCUCGAUGCUGCACAGGCCACCACCGAGGAUUAAAAUAAUUAAUUGUCAUUAAUUAAUAACUGGUCUUGACUAUUAUUAGUACGAACGCGAAGGUAUCAUGACUUCAGUAACUUCUCAUUGGAAUAAGUCAGUUAUAAAUAGUUAAUGAGCCAACUGCUCCUUGAGAAUAAAAAUAUGUAUGUAGAAUAUUGAUUACAGUAAUCGAUCAAAAUACGGAAAUUAUUUUCUUCCUAUCUCAUGCAGUCUUAAUUCCAAACAAAUCUGAUCAAAUCAGAUUUGUAUAUAACGCACACAAGAUCAUGAUAAGAAAAUAUUCUCGUAAUAUUUUGAAUAUUUCUUCUUUGAUCGAUUAUAUUACAAUUGAAUUUAAGAUCUAAAAACCUUUCUCUCUGAAAUGAAAUGUCGACUUAUAUCUUUUCCGUCGUCGUCUAAUAUUAAAAGUCUCUUGCAAUUUUAAGAACUCUUAUGCGAGCAGUGCGGAAUUUUCCUGUACUGUACACUAUAGGACCUGUAGAUCUGAAAACAAAUGUACGUCGCGUCAGCGCGACUGAUUGAUGUUAUUCCAUAUAUCUGUAUACGUAAUAAAAAAAUGUGUGGCAUAUUAAAAAAUGUUUAAUGAAAA